AUGCCUACCGGUUCCUGCGGAAACAAGUCUACGAGUUCGCUGGGGAAGCUUUCAGGAGUUUUCCCGGCGUUUUAUCGAAUUGAUUUAUAUUCUCAAGGUCCCACCCGCUUCGCGUUUAACUUUGGGGCUAAUAUGGCUGGUUGGGGAGCUUUUGGAAAACGCACCCUACCUUCUCGAACGCAGGUUCCCUGGUUGGGUAGGCUGAAGGCCAUUUUCAGCUAUGGGCAGGGUUAUGAAUUAAGUUCCCUCUCCACUCACAGUGGGAUAACUAACUCCAAGUACAUCAAACUGGGCCCUCAGAUUUUCUAUAAGACCUCUGAGCCAUUCCUCCCAGCUGCCCAGACUAAAUCAAAGAAAACCUUGGCAAAACCCAAUGUGAGAAAUGUCGUGGUGGUGGAUGAUGUUCGCAUUCCAUUUUUGCUGUCAGGCACUUCAUAUAAAGACCUAAUGCCACAUGAUUUGGCUAGAGCGGCACUUUCAGGUUUAUUGCAUCGGACCAAUGUUCCAAAGGAAGUUGUUGAUUAUAUCAUCUUUGGUACAGUUAUACAGGAAGUGAAAACAAGCAAUGUGGCUAGAGAGGUUGCCCUUGGAGCUGGCUUCUCUGACAAGACUCCUGCUCAUGUCACCAUGGCUUACAUCUCUGCCAAUCAAGCCAUGACCACAGGUUUUGGAUUGAUUGCUUCUGGCCAGCCUGAUGUGUUGAUCAUGGCAGGUGGUGUAGAAUUAAUGUCUGAUGUCCCUAUUUGUCAUUCAAAGAAAAUAAGGAAAAUGAUGCUUGAGCUCAAUAAGGCCAAGACUCUGGGUCAGUGACUAUCUUUAAUCUCUAAAUUCAGAUUGAAUUUCCUAGCACCUGAGUUCCCUGCAAUGGCCAAGUUCUCCACCAGUGAGACCAUGGAGCACUCUGCAGACCGACUGGCUGCUGCCUUUGCAGUUUCUUGGCUGGAACAGGAUGAGUAUGCACUGCGUUCGCAUAGCCUGGCCAAGAAGGCACAGGAUGAAGGUCUGCUUUCUGAUGUUGUACCCUUCAAAGUACCAGGAAAAGAUACAGUUACCAAAGAUAAUGGCAUUCGUCCUUCCUCCCUGGAGCAGAGAGCCAAACUAAAACCUGCAUUCAUCAAGCCCUAUGGCACAGUGACAGCCGCAAAUUCUUCUUUCCUGACUGAUGGUGCAUCUGCAAUGCUGAUUAUGGCAGAGGAAAAGGCUCUGGCCAUGGGUUAUAAGCUGAAGGCAUAUUUGAGGGAGUUUGUGUAUGUGUCUCAAGAUCCAAAAGAUCAACUUUUGCUCGGACCAACAUAUGCUAUUUUAAAAGUUCUAGAAAAGGCAGGAUUAACAAUGAAUGAUAUUGAUGCUUUUGAAUUUCAUGAAGUGUUCUCCGGUCAGAUUUUGGCUAAUUUUAAAGCCAUGGAUUCUGAUUGGUUUGCACAAAACUACAUGGGUAGAAAAACUAAGGUUGGAGCGCCUCCUUUAGAGAAGUUUAACAACCGGGGUGGAUCGCUGUUCCUGGGACACCCAUUUGGAGCCGCUGGCUGUCGGUUGGUCAUGGCAGCUGACAACAGAUUACGAAAAGAAGGAGGCCAGUUUGGUUUAGUGGCUGUGUGUGCAACUGGAGGGCAGGGCCAUGCUAUGAUAGUGGAAACUUAUCCGAAGUAGAUCAAGAAACGGUGACCUGGAGUUUCUGUGCAACACUCACACAAGGCAAUGCCAUUUCAGCGCAUUACUAAAUGACACUUAUAGUUCCUAGUUCCUCUUAGGAAAAUAAAAUUUGUGGCCUUCUGUUAAAUACUUUGCAAUUAAGCCUUGCCAGUGUCUUGAGCUUUUCAAUAAUCACAGUUUAAUGCUUUUUCAAGGAUUUCUUAG